UCUCUCUUCAAUCCCUUCAGUUUCUUUCAAAUGUGAACCGAUCAUUCAGUGUUUUCUCUCGUUGUUUCUUCGUCAAAACCGCUGUUUGUGUCCCAAAGACUCAACCUUUAGGGUUCCGAUGGAGGUGAAUUUAACGGGAGAGGCUGUGACUCGGAUUAUAAACGGAGAGGUGUCUGCUUCGAGUGAUUUGAAACCGGUGCUUCAAGUGAUAGAGCUAGAAGAGAUUCAAACGACGUCGCAACAACAACAGCAGCAGCAAGAACCGAGAAACAGCGAGAGGGGGUUCGUGCUAUUGCUAUCCGACGGGGUGUUGACGCAGCAAUGUCUGCUUGCUGCCAGUAAGAAACGACUCGUGAAGUCCUCAAAGUUGCAAAUUGGCUCCAUUGUUCGGUUGACUCAGUUCGUUAGCAACUUUGUUCAAGAUCGCAUGGUGGUUAUUAUUAUUGAGUUGGAGGUGAUGGUUGGACAAUGUGAUAUCAUUGGGAAGCCUGUACCAGCACAAAAAUCUACUAGUUUCGCACAAGCUCAUACUGGUUUCCAUAGCCCUGGUCCAGUAGUUUCUCAUCCUCUAAUCCAGUCAGUACCUGUCUAUCAACAGCCAUCCCCAUUCUACAUUAACAGAGAGCCACCAGCCAAGAAUGAGAUAGGACGAAUAAUCCCGAUUUCUGUUCUGAAUCCGUAUCAGGGGAGUUGGACAAUAAAGGCCAGAGUAACAAAAAAACAAGAACUUAAGCACUAUAGAAAUGCUCAUGGCGAAGGGAAAGUUUUCUCUUUCAAUCUUAUUGAUUUGGAUGGUGGGGAAAUACGAGCAACUUGCUUUAAUGCUGUGGUUGACCAAUUCUAUAACCAGAUUCAAGCUGGAAAUAUUUAUUUGAUAUCUAGAGGAAGUUUAAAACCUGCUCAGAAGGAAUUCAAUCACCUUAAUAGUGAUUAUCAAAUUUUCCUUGAUAGCAGAUCAAUAGUACAGUUGUGUUCUGAGGACAAUACAAUUCCUUGGCAGAAGUUUCAUUUCCGUGCCAUAAGCGAUGUUGAAGAUAUGAAGAACAAUGAUGUUGUGGAUAUAAUCGGUGUGGUAUUUUCUGUUGGUCCUACUGCUUUGUUAAUGAGAAAAAAUGAUUCAGAAAUUUUGAAGAGAUCCCUUCAUUUGAAGGACAUGUCUGGCCGGAGCGUUGAAUUAACUUUAUGGGGAGCUUUUUGCAACAGUGAAGGAGAAAAGCUCCAAACUUUGUGCGACUCUGGAGAGUUUCCGAUUCUGGCUGUGAAAUCUGGUAGGGUGAGUGAUUUUAGUGGGAAGGAAGUAGGAACUAUUUCUUCUACGCAGUUGUUUAUAAAUCCAGAUUUUCCUGAGGCCCGGAAGCUAAGGGAAUGGUUUGCCGGUGAAGGGAGGAACACUAGUUCUGUCUCCAUUGCUAGGGAAAAAUCAAGUUUGACUAGGACAUUUAAUCGAAAAACUAUCUCACAAAUCAAAGAUGAAAGAUUAGGAACUUCUGAAAAGCCAGAUUGGAUUACAGUUGUAGCCACGGUUGUUUACAUCAAGUUAGAUGAUUUCUGCUAUACAGCUUGUCCUCUCAUGGAUGGGGAUCUCCAAUGCAACAAAAAGGUUACUGAUAAUGGAGAUGGGAAAUGGCGGUGCAAUAAAUGUGAUAGGUUAGUAGAUGAAUGUGACUACAGAUAUGUACUUCAGUUCCUGAUUCAAGAUCAUACAGACAUAACAUGGGUGAUAGCAUUUCAGGAAUCUGGUGAGGGUCUAAUGGGGGUGUCUGCAAAAGAUUUGUAUCGCUUGAGGUAUGAAAACCAAAAUGUGGAAAAAUUUAAAGAAAUCAUGCAUCAGAUUAUGUUUAAUAAAUAUACUUUCAAGUUGAAAGUAAAGGAAGAAACUUUUAAUGAUAAACGGCGUCUGAAAUUGAUGGUGGUGGAAGUAGAAAAUAAAAAAAAUUCAUCAGAAUCCAGAUACCUGUUGUCUUUGAUUUAUAAGAUUAAAGCAAGCAAUUCUUGUCUAUUUGCAUCGAAGGCAGCAACUACCACACUAAAUCUUGGAAUGGAUUAUUGUGGAAUAGGAACUGAUGGUCUGUCUAUUCUUGGAGGUCAUAGGCCUAGAGAAAUUGUCUCAAAUCUAAAUUUGUUCUGUAAUAGUUGCAAUGUUGUUGGUCAUAACUCUACGAAUUGCUCCACCUUAAUUAAUGGUCCAGAACAGUCUAUGGGCAGGGAUUACACUGAUAGAAUAUCUUCCAAGGAAAGUGUUUGGCGUACCUCAGAUGAGUGCUAUAAAUGUCAUCAAUUUGGACAUUGGGCCAAAAACUGUCCAAGGGCCGGUCAGUCUUAUCGAAGCUCUGGUUUUUUGUCUAUGCGAUAUGGAGGUGUUUCAAGGUAACAAAUUGGGGGGGGGGGGUUGUUGAAGGCUCAUGGAGUAUCUUUU